GAGCUCCGGACGGCUAGUGCUGGGUCCUGAGCUGCUUUGGGCCCUGUCGUUCCGUUCCGGCGCCACUCCGGCCUCUGGUACACAUAGUUUGGACGCAGCCCCGUGCCGCGUACCGGCUGGUUCCCGUGAGAAGGCUGGGCGGCCCCUCCUUUCUCCCUUCCCCGCCUUCCCUUUGAUCGUGCAGCGCAGCGCGUCCCCACGCGGAUCCCUGCUUGGCUCGCCUCGCGCCUGGCGGUGGAGCCGUGUUCAUGCCAACCCAGCAGCCAGCUGCGCCGAGGACGAGUCCUCCCAAGCCCUCCCGGAGCCUCUCUGGCUCACUUUGUGCCCUGUUUUCUGAUAUAGACUCGGGAUCCGGGAUGAAGCCGGAGCUAUCUCCUCGUCCUGGGGCAGGGGGAAGGGAUAUGACCCAAGAAGAGAAGCUUCAGCUUCGCAAGGAAAAGAAACAACAGAAGAAGAAACGGAAGGAAGAAAAGGGGACAGAACCAGAAACUGGCUCUGCUGUAUCUGCAGCCCAAUGUCAAGUAGACCCAACCAGAGAACGACCAGGACCUGGCAGUCAGUUGGGCACUCCUGGGGAGAAAGUUCCAGCUGGUCGGAGUAAGGCAGAACUUCGUGCUGAGCGGCGAGCCAAGCAGGAGGCUGAGCGGGCCCUGAAACAGGCAAACAAAGGAGAGCGAGGGGGGCCACCUCCUCAGGCCUGCCCCAGCACAGCUGGAGAGACCCCCUCAGGAGUGAAGCGCCUCCCUGAGUACACUCAGGCUGAUGACCCCGCACUUCUGAGAAAGCUUGUUAAAAAACCAGAGCGACAACAGGUUCCUACCCGAAAGGAUUAUGGAUCCAAAGUCAGUCUCUUCUCCCAUCUACCCCAAUACAGCAGACAAAAUUCUCUGACCCAGUAUAUGAGCAUCCCAUCCUCUGUGAUCCACCCAGCCAUGGUGCGACUUGGCCUGCAAUACUCCCAGGGCCUGGUCAGCGGCUCCAAUGCCCGGUGUAUUGCCCUACUUCAUGCCUUACAGCAGGUGAUUCAGGAUUAUACAACGCCUCCCAAUGAGGAACUCUCAAGGGAUCUAGUAAAUAAAUUGAAACCCUACAUUAGCUUCCUGACUCAGUGCCGUCCCCUGUCAGCGAGCAUGUGCAAUGCCAUCAAGUUCCUUAACAAGGAAAUCACCGCUGUGAGCAGCUCCAAGCGGGAAGAGGAGGCCAAGUCAGAACUUGGAGCAGCCAUUGAUCGAUAUGUACAAGAGAAGAUUGUACUUGCAGCUCAGGCAAUAUCACGCUUUGCUUACAAGAAGAUCAGUAAUGGAGAUGUGAUCCUGGUAUAUGGAUGCUCAUCUUUGGUAUCACGAAUUCUUCAGGAGGCUUGGACUGAGGGUCGGCGGUUUCGGGUGGUAGUGGUGGACAGCCGGCCACGGCUGGAGGGAAAGCACAUGCUACGUUCCCUGGUCCGUGCUGGGGUCCCUGCCUCCUACGUGCUGAUUCCUGCAGCCUCUUAUGUGCUCCCAGAGGUUUCUAAGGUACUAUUGGGAGCUCAUGCACUCCUGGCCAAUGGGUCUGUGAUGUCACGGGUAGGGACAGCACAGCUGGCCCUGGUUGCUAGAGCCCAUAAUGUACCAGUGCUAGUCUGCUGUGAAACAUACAAGUUUUGUGAGCGCGUGCAGACUGAUGCCUUCGUCUCUAAUGAGCUAGAUGACCCUGAUGAUCUGCAGUGUGAGCGGGGAGAACAUGUGGCCCUGGCUAACUGGCAGAACCACCCAUCCUUACGGUUGUUGAAUUUGGUCUAUGAUGUAACUCCCCCAGAGCUCGUAGAUCUGGUGAUCACGGAGCUGGGAAUGAUCCCUUGCAGUUCUGUACCAGUUGUCCUACGAGUCAAGAGCACUGACCAGUGAUGGGAAAGCAGAGGGUCAAUAAAUGAUAUACUCCCUACCGUCA